UCCACAGAGCACAAGGAACGGAUAUGGACGCAAAUCACAAUUCUCUUGUCUCCAUUGCUAGCUGAGGUUUAACGGAACUUCUGUAAAACUCAAGCACGGACUCCGGCGAUCGAACCUGAAGAUGAAAAUGAUAUAAUGGCAGAUAUUCUCGUGUAUAAACUUAAGUCAGCAACAAAAUCAGUUUCAGUAUUGGAGCGAACUUCGCUGCUUUCCUCCACGUAGUUGGUACUCGUAGUCGAGUAAACCAUGAAGUCUUCAACCUCCAGAUUAUCAACGUUCUCCUCGAGGGAUUCCUUAUGGAACCGGAUGCCCGAUCAAAUAUCGGUGUCGGAGUUUAUCGCCGAGACGACCGAGGACUACAACUCGCCUACCACGUCCAGCUUCACCACCAAGCUGCUCAACUGCAGGAACACGGCGUCUCUGCUCGAGGAGACAUUAGAUUUGGACAAAAAUGCACUACAAAAAGUAAAGAAAUCGGCAAAAUCAAUAAACACUUCCGGUCAAGAACAUGUGCAAAAUGAAGAGAACUAUGCACAAGCACUAGAUAAAUUUGGUAGUAAUUUCUUAAGUCGUGAUAAUCCAGAUCUUGGCACAGCCUUUGUUAAAUUCUCCACACUUACAAAGGAGCUUUCAACGUUGCUGAAAAACUUGCUGCAGAAUCUUAGUCAUAAUGUCAUCUUCACUUUGGAUUCACUAUUGAAAGGAGACCUCAAAGAUGUCAAGGGGGACCUGAAGAAGCCUUUUGACAAGGCAUGGAAGGAUUAUGAAACAAAAUUUGCUAAAAUUGAAAAAGAGAAACGAGAGCAUGCAAAGCAGCAUGGGAUGAUUCGGACUGAAAUUACAGGAGCUGAAAUUGCAGAAGAAAUGGAAAAGGAGCGACGGGUAUUUCAGCUCCAGAUGUGUGAGUAUCUCAUUAAGGUGAAUGAAAUCAAGACAAAAAAAGGCGUGGAUCUACUUCAGAAUCUAAUCAAAUAUUAUCAUGCACAAUGCAAUUUCUUUCAGGAUGGUUUAAAAACAGCAGAUAAACUGAAACAAUAUAUUGAGAAACUGGCUGCUGAUUUAUACAAUAUUAAGCAAACACAAGAUGAAGAAAAGAAACAACUGUGCACACUCCGUGAUAUGCUGAAAUCCUCACUGCAGAUGGAACUAAAAGAGGAUUCUCAAAGCAGACAGUCAGGCUACAGUAUGCACCAGCUUCAAGGUAACAAGGAGUAUGGAAGUGAGAAGAAAGGGUACCUCUUGAAGAAAAGUGAUGGCCUUCGAAAAGUUUGGCAGCGAAGAAAAUGUACAGUCAAGAAUGGCUACCUGACUAUAUCACAUGCAACUACCAACAGGCAGCCAGCGAGACUAAAUUUACUGACAUGCCAGGUGAAGCCCACUGCAGAUGAGAAAAAGUGUUUUGACUUAAUAUCACACAACAGAACCUAUCAUUUUCAAGCAGAUGAUGAGCUGGAAUGUCAAGUAUGGAUAUCAGUAUUAACUAACAGCAAAGAGGAAGCAUUAAAUAUGGCAUUCAGAGGAGAGCAGACCAGUGGAGAGAAUAGCAUAGAGGAUCUAACCAAAGCCAUCAUUGAAGAUGUGCAGCGGAUGCCUGGCAAUGAUAUCUGUUGCGAUUGUGGAGCACCAGAUCCAACUUGGCUGUCAACCAACCUAGGAAUUUUGACAUGUAUAGAAUGUUCAGGAAUACACCGAGAAAUGGGAGUACAUAUUUCGAGAAUACAAUCACUAGAACUGGAUAAAUUAGGAACCUCUGAACUCUUGCUGGCCAAGAAUGUAGGAAAUACCAGUUUUAAUGAAAUUCUGGAAGCCAGUCUGCCACAGUCAUCACCAAAGCCUACUCCACACAGUGACAUGACUGCACGUAAAGAAUACAUUCAUGCGAAAUAUGUAGAUCAUAAGUUUGCCAGAAGAUUGUGCAACUCUUCUGCAGCUAAGAUGAAUGAGUUGUUAGAAUCUGUGAAAUCAAGAGAUUUACUUGCACUAAUUCAAGUCUAUGCAGAGGGAGUUGAAUUGAUGGAACCACUACCUGAUUUUGGCCAGGAGCCAGGAGAAACAGUGCUUCAUUUAGCAGUACGAACUGCUGACCGGACUUCUCUCCACCUAGUUGACUUUCUUGUUCAGAACAGUGGCAAUCUGGACAAACAGACCACUAAAGGAAACACCGCUAUACAUUACUGUUGCAUGUUGGAUAAAGUGGAAUGUUUAAAAUUGCUUCUUCGAGGCAAGCCAAGCUUAAAUGUAGUAAACCAGAGUGGUGAGACAUCUCUUGAUAUAGCAAGAAGAUUGAAGCGUGCACAGUGUGAAGAACUGAUCAGUCAAGCUGCUUUAGGAAAAGUUAACCCUCAUGUGCAUGUAGAAUAUGAAUGGCAGUUGCGACAAGAAGAGAUUGAUGAAAGUGAUGAUGACUUGGAUGAAAAGACCAGCCCAAUUAAAAAAGAGCGUUCCCCAAGGCCUCAGAGUUUCUGCCAUUCUUCCAGUAUCUCCCCUCAAGAUAAGCUAAUGAUUCCAGGGCUUGGCAUAGCGCGAGAAAAGCAGCGCCUAUCCUACGGAGUAUUUAGUAAUCAAAUGUAUGGAAGUAGCACUGAUUCUCCAACAUCACCGGCCACUGAUGCCCCUCCUCUGCCUCCUAGAAAUCCAAGUAAAGUCCCUCCUUCAGUCCUUCCUGUAGGUCCCCAGGUCACAACCGGCAGCUCCACUCUGUCAAAGAAGAGGCCACCGCCCCCACCCCCCGGACACAAACGAACCUUAUCUGACCCACCAAGCCCGCUACCUCAUGGUCCCCAGAAUAAAGGUCUGAUUCCUUGGGGCACAGACUCUGGUCCCCCACAGCCAAAUCGAACAGGAAAUAAGUUCGAUGGAUUGCCUCAACAACCAAGUACUGGAACUGGAACUACAAAGACUGCCUUAGGCCCCCGAGUACUUCCAAAACUACCUCAAAAGGUGUCCCUGAGAAAGAUUGAUAGUAUUCAUCACAGUUCAGUCGAUAAGUCCAGUACAGAGACCUUCCAGAAGCCGUCACAUACAGGGGACCUGCCCCAGAAGCCACCUCCCGGGGACUUGCCCCAGAAGCCACCUCCCGGGGACUUGCCCCAGAAGCCACCUCCCGGGGACUUGCCCCAGAAGCCGUCACAUACAGGGGACCUGCCCCAGAAGCCGCCUCCCGGGGACCUGCCCCAGAAGCCGUCACAUAUAGGGGACCUGCCCCAGAAGCCACCUCCCGGGGACCUGCCCCAGAAGCCCAAAGACCUGCCACCAAAACCACAAUCAGGAGACAUCCCACAAAAACCCCAUACAGAAGCCCUCCAAAGGCAUCAGUCUGGGGAGGCGUCUCAGAAACCUCAAGCUGAAGAGAUUUCUCCAAAACCACUUACUGGAGACACACCACAGAAACAGCCAAUUGAUGAUAUGAAUGAUACGUUGUCCAGUCUGCCCGAGACUCCAGUGCCUCUGCCACGAAAAAUAAAUACAGCAAAGAAUAAAAUCCGACGAGUGAAAACCAUAUAUGACUGCCAGGCAGAUAAUGAUGAUGAACUUACAUUUAUUGAGGGAGAGGUAAUAGUUGUAACUGGUGAAGAAGACCAGGAAUGGUGGAUUGGUUACAUCGAGGGACAGCCUGACAGAAGUGGUGUCUUUCCAGUCUCUUUCGUGCACAUUUUAUCUGACUAACCACUGAGGAACUUGAGCAUCACAUUCACAACAGUGGGACCUUCUAUUCAACAUAAUAAAGCAGCCACAGCUUCCCUAUUCAUGUGCAUACUUUGUACAUAAAUGAUCAAAAGUUCUUUUAUGCUCACCUCAUGAGGUGACUGUAUCUAUACGGUGUUAUUUGCCUUUGCCAGUAUUAUAGUAGCCUUGGAAUCUGGCGCGCCUUACUUGGUGUACUAGAGUCAUCCAUGGCAUCUAGCACUUAAUAUGCUGUUGAUAGGAUAUAUCUCCUGCCUGCUUAUCAAACCAUAAGCAGUGUCAUUUAGUUAUUUAACUAUAUAAGCUUUUAUUCUCAAUUUCAUCUCAGUAUUCUGAAUAAAAAUAGAGUGGUUUUGCUAAGAAUACAGCCAGGUUUCAGUUUGCACUGAUCAUUUUUGUUCUCUUUCUAACAUGGAUGCUGUGCACACUGUUCUUAAUGUACUCAUGGAAUUGUGUGAUUUAAUUGUAAGUGGUCAAAGUUACUUGAGAGUGAAUGACUGGGGAACUUAAAAAUUAUUUUACCUCAUCUUGAGGCAAUAUGUAAAGAAAUCCGUGCAAGGAUUUAUUGUCUGUUACAUCAGAUAACCAACUAAAUUGUUCUAGGAGGGCCUUUUGGCAAAUCCACUGAAAAUACAUGAACAUUAGGGAUUCCAAACUUUUAAGUUUGUUAUUAGUAUUUUAGAGCAGUGCUUGGAUUACUGUUUUAACAGGUUGUUGAAAAAUUUCUGUCUCUUCUGCAUACAUUCCCAAUUAACCUUUCAUUAGGUUAAAUACAUUUAAAUUCUGUAAUAGUCAACACUGCAGUUAUAUUAGUUGAAUAUAUAACAGUAAGAUUUGGAAGUUACGAAGUACCUGGGGGAAAGAGGAGAUGGCAUUUCCUCCUGGCUUGGAACUCGGUGUCUUGAAGCUGAUACUUAAUAUUGCGACAACAGUGGUGUAGGGGAGGCUCUUAAUAAUUGGUGUUAACUGCAAGUGGUAUAUGAUACAGACAGCAGCUGUACAGUACAUGGUGAAUGUGUACAGUUUUCAGUUUUAAAUAUUAAAUUGCAUAUGUUUACAUACUUGGAAUUGUGCAUCAACGAUGUACUAUCUUUGUUAGCUGAAGAUACCAUUCCAAAAUCUAUUCGUUAUCUCUCCCUCCCUUCUCCCCUUAAAGUAUUAUACAUGUAUAUCAUAAAGUGCAGUGUUUCAUUGCAAGAAAGACAUUUAAUACUAUUGUUCACGUUACGUCACAUGAAAUAUACUUUACGCUUGAAUGUAUUCAAUCAAUUAUUGUAUAGAUAAAUAACCAUUUAGGGAUGGGAGACCAGUGAGAUGCUUUACAUUCUUUUUAAACAUACCUACAUAUUUCAACCUGGUUACUUGUGCUCUGAAAUAGAGAAUAAAUUGCAUUAUUUGCACAAAUCUUGAACUGCUUGGGAACAAAGUGACAGUGGAUCUUGAGUUGCUUACGGCUUUAAGAACUAUACACCUUCAUAUUCGUUGUUGAUAAUCAGUUAUUCCAACUUGUAUUAGAGACCAAAAGACAAUACAGAAUUAUCAAGAGGUCUGCUUACAUUUCGGAUAUUUCCAAGAGAAAGGGUGGGUCUUAUUAUUUCUUUAAAAUAUUCAGUUCAUGUUGGGUUGAUCUCAAUUCCAAAUGAAAGCUGUUUUUCUUUAAAAAGGAUGUAAUUUAAUUCUUAAGGUACAUAUGCUUGUAAGUAGAUAUAGAUGAAAAGGAAUUUAAAACUUCAAUUGAAUAUGAUAUGUUAACUCUGAGACCAGACUUCUUGCCUGGUGCUGCAUUGGGCUUGAAUUAUGUUCAACUUUUGGCAGUAAAAAUCCAAUUUUUAUUUCUCAAUAACAUUCAUGUCUACUGAUUAAGUGGCUGGGUCCCAAUUCUCCCCACCCCUUCCCC